GGGAGGAGCGCCUUACAGAGCUGUAUACCAGAAUCUAAGAAAGCGUCCAUCCGCAAAUGGAAUGUAAAAUCAAAGAGCAGACAUAAGCAAGAAACGUAUGUGAGAUGAGAGUUUGCUUCUUCUGUGGCUUACUUCGUCCUCUUCUGCUCGAGCGGCACAUAGGUUGGAAGCGACACACUCUCUUCCGCUUCUUUUUAAGUGUCCCAUAUCGUUAUCCAAGGUCUUGGCCACACUGCAACAUUGCCCAAAGCCUCACUUCAACCUUCAGCUUUCCCUGGGGGUUUGUAAUGGAGCUAUCCCCUCAGACUGAGACCCUUGCAGUGACUGAACAAGAUGAGAUGGAAGAACAGCAUGGCACCAUACACCAAAAAGAAACAGUGACAAUGGAUUCUAUGCAGCAAGUUGAGACAAAAAAGAAAAAACAAACAAAAGAAAAGAGACAAAAGGCAAACAAUUCUGAAGUGCCUGAGAAAUUAUUAACUGAGCUUCCAUUUGCAAAUGUGGAUAUCGGAGCCUUGUUUGAUAUUACAAGAAAGUCUGAAAAGACAGUAAAAAAGAAAAGGAAAAGAAAACUACUUUUGGAAGAUGAAGAUGAUGACACAAGUAAAAAGAAAACAAGAGCCAAUUAUUUUAUAUCCAUUCCCAUUUCAAACCCUAAGAUUCUUCAGGACAUUCAGACUUUUCAGAAUGCUGUUUUAGAGAAAGAUGAAAGACUUUCCAAGGUUAUGAUUCCAAAGGGCUCAUUCCAUAUUACACUUUUUGUGAUGCAUUUAGCUACAGAAGAGGAGACUAACUUGGCCAUCUCAGCACUUUUAGAUUGUAAAGAGCCAGUUGGAGAAAUCCUACAGGAAAAAACAUUGAUAUUCGGUUUUGACGGAGUGUCUGAUUUUAAAAACCAGGUGGUGUAUGGGAAGAUAAUAGAGAAUGACUCUGUUUCUACUCUUAAAGAAAUGACUGACACACUGGUGAAGAUUUUUAAAGAAAAGGGGCUCUCUCCUAUGGGUUUAAAGAGUUUUGUUCCUCAUUUAACCUUCAUGAAGCUAUCAAGGGCACCAAAGCUUCGUAAACAGGGGCUGAAAAAAAUUGACCCUGGCCUCUAUGAGAGCUUCAAUUAUCAUAACUUUGGAGAUGAAGUAUUUCAUCAAAUUGAUCUGUGCUCUAUGGUAAAGAAAAGACAACCGAAUGGCUAUUAUCACACUGAAGCAACAAUUUAUUUUGGCUCUACAGGUAAUCUGCAGUCGGCAUUGACUCAAUCUGAUGGUGAUCAACCUUUGGAACCAUAUGAGGAACCAGUAUCGGAAAAUCACCCUACAUCUGUACCCUUUUCAGAACAUGCAAAUAGAGAUAUUGUAAUUCAAAAUGAUUUGUCAACUAGCAUUUUAACUAAUGCAGAUAACAGUGACAGAGCUCCUUUCAUUAUUCCUGGGGAGUGCAGUCUCACUGAAUACCCAGAGUGCCUUAGAAAAAAGGACGUAAAUGAUGAGUCUAAAAUGUUCACUUCCAACGAUCACGGAAAUACCCUUGAAGCAGAGAAUAGAGACUUUGGACAGGAUGGGUCAAAAGAACAAGAUGAACAUUUUGAAUCUGCCACUUCUAAAUUUAGUGCUGCUUUUGUUGACCAACCAAGUAUUUCUUCACCAACACCAGUUGUAAACUUAGCCAUAUCUGAUAAUUUUCAACAAAAACCAGAUAGAGAUUGCACAGUAUCAGAUAUCAAAAGACAAACGCCAGUGAAAGAUCUGCCUGAACCAGCUCAUCCAACCAUUGAAGGGCAAGGCUAUGUUUCCCAAACAGAAAGUGUUCAGCAAAACUCUCAGCCAACACAUUUGCACAAUCAAGCACAACUUUCAAGUCAUGCAUCAAUUGCUGAUCUUGUCUAUCUACAAAGGCAAAGCAUGCUUGCUGAACAAGAGCAUUGGGAGCGUAAUGAGCAAAAUAUGUGUCUUCUUCUUGAAAGGCUAACAUCAAUACAAGAACAGCAAAAGUACACAAAUGUAAGUUUGAUGGGCAUAAGUAGUGAGUUAUCAUUUAUAGGCAAACAGCUGAGCAUGAUAGCACAACAUUUUCAACUGACUGCAGGUGUCUCCACAAUGUGUCAUCCAGUUCAAAGUAACCCUGGAUUAUAUAACACAGAAGAGAAGAUAGAACAGUCUUCAGCAAAAGAGGACUCGACUGAAGAUGAAAAUAUAUCUCAAGAUUGUGUAAAGGACAUUUCUGACAAGUAAUUUUUUUUUUUUUUAAGUGAAAAUCAUUUUUAUUGCCUUUGUAUCAUUAAUUUACAAUAUUUAUUUUACCUAUUGACAAGAACUUUUGUGUGUGUUUGUGUGUAUAUAUCUGUGUGUGUGUGUGUAUGUAUAUAUAUAUAUAUAUAUAUAUAUAUGUGUGUGUGUUUGUGUGUGUGUGUAUAUAUAUAUAUAUAUAUAUAUAUAUAUAUAUAUAAUGUACUGUAUGUAUAAAUAUAUGCAAACAAUUGAUGGCUACAGUCUGUACAACUGUACUACUUCACCCCUCCUUAUUUUAAGAUACCCAACAUUUUCAGAUACAGGCAAAGAAAGUUCAACCUUCUAUGAAAUGUGGUAACUGUGAAUCUUCUGCUGUUUUUUUCUGAUUGUUUUUUUAUAUAUUUUUAUAUAUAAUCAAUUUACACUAAAUUAUAGAAAGGUAAUUGUUGCUGAUUUCUUUAGGAAAGUACAAGCUUUAAAGACCAGGUCACAGCAUCCCAAAUAUUUUUACACUUUCAAACCUCUUAAUCCUUGGGAGACAGUAUUGGGCAUGUAGAAUUGAUUGUAACACAUUUGAUGUACCAGAUAAAGGGCCAGAUUACAAGUGGAGCACUAAUUACUGCUCCCACUCGAGAGUUAAUUGCGCUAGAAGUAACCUUUUCGCGCUCGUCAGGCUGUGCUCGUAUUAUGAGUUGAAAGUAAACCGUUUUCUCUCUCACACUAACAUGACAAGCGCAAAAAGCUGAACUUACAAUAUCGCGUGCACGUUUACGUGUUCCCCAUAGAAGUCAAUGGAGAAAAAAAAACUAAAACCACACUUGCGCAAAGACGAUCGCAUAUUCUCAUGUGCGCUAACCAGACAUGAAAAUAUGAAUAUUUCACAUCCCAAUGUUCUUUACAAAGAAGAAUAUGUUCUAUUUAUUUAUAAAUACAUACUUCUACGUAUAUCUGAUGCUAUUUUGGUACAAUCUAUACCUAAAUAUAUAUAUAUAUAUAUAUAUAUAUAUAUAUAUAUAUACAGUAUAUAUAUUUUAAAAUACAUAGAACAUAUUCUGCUAUGUACAGAACAUUGGAAUGUGACAUUUUUACAGUAAAUAUAGUUAAAAUCUUUAUUAAAAAUUAAUAUCACCUAAAUAUGUUUUUUCAUCUAUAUAUAUAUAUAUAGACAAGUCCCCGUAAACACUGAACAUUUUGCUUUACUGCUGAGUAACUGGUAUACAGUAUUUACAAUCUAUCACAAUGCAAGGGAUACUGCACACGCCAUUACUGAAAAGCCUGCACCUACACUGACAGGACACUUAAAAGGACGCUGAACCCAAAUUUGUUAAUUUGUAAUUCAGAAAGAGCAUGCAAUUUUAAGCAACUUUCUAAUUUACUCCUAUUAUCAAUUUUUCUUCGUUCUCUUGCUAUCAUUAUUUGAAAAAGAAGGCAUCAAAGCUUUUUUUUUGGUUUCAGUACUCUGGACAGCACUUUUUUUAUUGGUGGAUGAAUUUAUCCACCAAUCAGCAAGGACAACCCAGGUUGUUCACCAAAAAUGGGCUGGCAUCUAAACUUACAUUCUUGCAUUUCAAAUAAAGAUACCAAGAGAAUGAAGAAAAUUUGAUAAUAGGAGUAAAUUCGAAAUUUGCUUAAAAUUUCAUGCUCAAUCUGAAUCACGAAAUUAAAUUUUUGGGUACAGUGUCCCUUUAACGUUUUGACUCAAACGGCAUGCACUAAUGACAAAGGCACCAAAGCACAGACCCUAAUAUUGGUACUUCCCAUGAUGUCCCUUGUACAUACACUAGUUGUCAGUUAUACACGUAAUGAGACCGCAUUGUACAGUCUUAUCGGCCCAUUGCGCAUGCGCAAAAAAACGUAGCGUGUACAGCCGAGAAAUAACUGAGAACUUGAAUACCAUGAAGAUCCUUGUGACGAAAUAGGGAAGGGGGCAGGGGGACAUUUUAAAGAGGCAGAAAAAGUAAGUGGUAUUACUUAUAAAAGAUUUAUGUGACAAAUAUGGCUAUAGUGGAAAAUAUUAAGCGUUUGGAACUUUAUAGGAUGGACUUAUGAAGCUUUUUGGGUUGACUGUCCCUUUAACUGCAAAGGGCUCCAAUGCACUUCUAUAUAUGUAUACAUAUGUAUUUGUGUUUAUAUUUGUAUAUAUGUAUGUAAAUAUAUAUAUAUACACAUAAAAAUACAUAAUACAUAUGUAUAUACAGUAUAUAUAUAUAUAUAUAUAUAUAUAUAUAUAUAUAUAUAUAUAUAUAUAUACAUACAUACACAUCUUUAGAGAUGUAUAUGUAUAUAUCUCAAUGUUCCUUUGUCUGCCUUUUUUUUCUAACAUCUGAGAUAACAAAUCUUUGAGCCCUUAUAACUUUUGUGUGCAAUAUUUUUUUUAAAUAUGUUAUGUGUUGUGUUAUUAUGAGUGUAUUUUUGAUGUGUUUUGUGACACUUUUUAGUUUUGCCAAACAGUUAAACAGAGCUCUAAAGUUGCCGUAAUUAUUCUAGCAUAAAUCGCGAUUGUGCUCAAGCGACCGCUUUUACUUUCAACUCGUAAUAAGAGCAGUAAGCCCGACAAGCGCAAACCCCCACGAUGAACCCCUUAUCGCUCAAGCACAAACGUUUGCGCUUAACUUGUAAUUAUGUCCAAAAUCAGUGUUUACAUUUACAAAAGUUUUCUAUUUAGUAAAUACAUUUUUCAAGAUUUGUAUGUGAAGAACAUAAAGCCUCCUAUUAAGGAAUGAAAGCCUCAUUGUUUUGAAAGAUUGGUUGGUGCAACCAAUGAAGGGCUUCACUGUUUCAUUUAAGAGAACUUUGGUGUGUUUUCAGUGCUAUGCUGGUGCUUUUUUUUCUGUAUUUUCUACCAAUAGCAGUAACUGAAGUGGCUAUUAUAUUAUGUGAUGUUGUUUUCUUUACUAGUUGUAUUGUAUAAAGAGGAAAUAAAAUAAAUUAAAAGAUACAAUAUAAAUUCACGAGGAAUACCUUAAAAGCACCAUUAAACAUGCAUUUUCUUCUUUCGAA